GUUGGGGGCUCCCUUAGACCACUGCCGCACAGAAAGAUUGCUUCAGCCUUGAAGUUAUAUUGUGACGAUGGCAGAGCUGCCCAAAAAUGCUGGAAUGCACCGCCAGGAAAGGGUGGUAUUUUUCGCUUCCGACCAUGCGAAAUGGAAUCCCCAUGUCCGGAUGCGAGGAUGCUUUGGUGGUGUUGCUGGACGCCGGCACACAAGUCUCCCUACCAGUCAUGUCCGGCUUGGGGUAAGUCAAACACUGAACGGACAACGGCCCGGUGAUCUGCAGCACUGUCGUACCUUGACGCCACGGUCCAAGGCGGCCUCGAGCACGAUGCUAGCGUACUGCUGCAAACGUGGACGACAGAAAGGGGUCGACUAGCUUAGGUGUGAGACCAUGCAUGGUAAGACUGCAGACUAGCCGGCAGGAUAUUGAUACCGAAUCUCGAUAGCUUAGAAAACUAUCCCGAAUUGACACCUCCAUGGAGAUCUGUCGUUGGUCGAUAUCCUGUUCCACUGCGUUUUAAUAUCGAACGGAUGCCUCAAAACUUAUAGGUUCGGCUCCUGAACAACUCAUCUGCCAUUGAAUGGGCAUCCGUUGACUUUGACAUUGAUCUUAUAACGGGCAACACGCAGAGGUGUAACACCACAUGUCC